AUGCAACUGAAGACCGUCUUGACCGAGCGUUAUAAAAGAGUAACAUUUUGGACCGCGUUCUCUCUGUUACUUCUGUACACUGUUAUUGUAUGGAACAUCCUCGUAUGGCUGAUCCUGCCAGACAAUGAAGGGAUCCAAAAAGACGACGAUAGAGCAGCCUCGCAUAAAAGACAACAUGCUGCUAACCCAAGAUACCGGGCACGAAGUCUCCUGGACGUCUGGAACGCCUCCGUCAGGUCCAUGCCAUGUACCCCAAAGGAACACGUCCUGUUCAUCAAAGUUCCCAAGUGCGGUAGUUCUACCCUUUCCAGUAUUAUUCUAAGAUAUGGAUUCCGGCACAGCUUAAAAACGGCGCUCCCUCUUGGCAGUAAGUUUAACCUGGUUUCCUUGCUGAGAAGUCUGAACGACAGCGAUCAUCAACGUGAUAAGCAUGACAUAUUCGCAAGCCACGUAAGAUAUAAGGUUGUCAAAGAUCAUGAGCACCUCGUACCAAAUGAUGCCUUUUAUGUGACAAUUAUUAGAGAACCAUUGAGUGCCUUUAAAUCUUUUUUUAAUUAUCGUCAUAAGGGAGCAUACUUUGGACUCGAAGGGAAAAAUCAGCUGGAAAUGUUUUUUUCUAACUCAUCAUUAUAUACAUCCCCUGAGGCAGCCAGAUUUUGGAACCGAAUGAUACGUUACCUUGGGUUUAAGGUACCGGCCAACACCACCCAAAGCACUGCCCACGCAGUAGAGGAUGCCAGGCAAUAUGUAUACCACAUUGACCGAGAAUUUGAUUUUGUAAUAGUUUUGGAAUAUUUUGAGGAAUGCCUGAUACUGCUGAAGAGAAUGCUGUGCUGGGGGACACAUGAAUUUUUCUACACUCAGCAAAAAACUGGCUCUUCUUUUUCAGAGGAUUAUAACUCGGCUGUUAAAGAAGUCGAUGAUCCAACGGUAGUUAAAAGAUACAGAGAGCUGAGCUAUGCCGACUAUAUUCUCUACGACUACUUUAAGUUCAGAAUUGAAAAAGUGCUCGAAAACCAAAAUACUGAUUUCUUCAAUGAAGUCCGUAAUUUUAAGGCAGUGAAUAGAAAGGUGACGGAAUUUUGUCAAGGAAACGCAACCUUUGGAGAAACGUUGGAAAUGCCGCCGUCAAAAUGGAGCAGCGGGUUUAUCAUGAGGAAGGAGUACUGUCGUCUGCUCACGUUUGGUGUUAGGAAAUAUAUCAAAUUUUUAGAAAAGAAGAAAUUUCAUGUAGUAUGAUGCUGGAAAAAACAAGCAAGUCCAUGGUACUUAAAUGCUUGGUCCCUUUCGUGUAGAAAAGUUUUAUUAUUUAUGUUAUUGUAAUAGACUUGUGAAGAUUCUUUUUGUCUACAGCUACUUAUAUUUGUCUGGUCUUACCAGCCAAUAUUUCAUCUGCGUGCAGUCAGACUUCAUCAGGGAAUGAGGCUGUGAUAGGUGUGACAACACCAGGGACAGACAGGGCAUUGUAUAGCAUAAACAACUCUAGAAGACAUAGAAAUCUUGGAAAGAGAGCCACGGAACCUACACCGGAAAGUUCUUGAAGCGAUUAACAUCCGCUUACAUGUGGCCAAGCUGAACCGGAAUGAUGGGACUGAGCUACCCAA